AUGGACGGGCGGUCGCAUACUAUAAACAACUUUAUGGCAUCUGGGCCCGAGCCGAGACAUUCUCGACCCUCUGCGAUGAAAAGUUUCGGAAAGAAAAUAGUCCAGUACGCGGUCGGCGUCCACAAAGACAAAGGGGAUCGAGAAACUCCUCGAUCGCAGGCCCAUAUUCAUAAUAUCAAUCAGCAUCCACCAAUCGAAGAACUUCUUUUUGGCUCUGCGGUUCCACGCAAAAUGCCAGAACCGAUAUCGAUACCGAGUGUCUAUCCUGGUUUUGGUCCUAUCGAGGCAACCGAGCAAUAUCCACAGCAAGCAAGAGAUAUUCCGAGCUUCCAAAAUCCUGAGGAGACUCGUCUUCCUCCCAGUCCAGUGUAUACGAUGCAAUCUAAUGGCCAUGGGGAUAUCGACAUUGCGCCCCUUCAACUUAGUGAUCCGGGGCUUCCAUCUUCACUCGACUUGCUAAAAAAAUAUCAAACCAUUGUCUUGAUCGAUGACUCUCAGUCGAUGUAUGCGCAUCGUCAACCUGUCCACCGAAUCAUUCAGGAGAUUCUUCCACUCGUAGUACGUGGCAGUAACAAGCCAAUCGAGGUCCAAAUUUUGAGUGAUGAAAUGGGAACGAAUAAGAGAUAUUACAGUGGAGUUCCUAGCUUUGAGCACUUGUGGAAAGGCGCAAGAUUCAAACCCGAUACAUCAUUUCAGGCUGGCUUGGGAAGGAUCAUUAAUCCCAAAAUCCAGCAAAUCCAAAACCUCAAGUCUCAAGCCACUGCUAAUACUGUAGGCGGAUUAAAUGUCAUCUGUAUUACGGAUGGAAACCAAAGCGAUAAGAAAAGUAUUGCGAACUACAUUCAAAGAGUUACAGGGAAGUUGGACGAGAGGGGUGCGGAGGACACGCUCAUCGGAAUCCAGUUCCUUCAGGUUGGGGAUAGCCAGCAAGGAGCGGACUUUCUAAACUUUUUGGAUAAUAAUUUGAGGGGAAUUGAUAUCGUCGAUACGGUUAAGUAUAGUCCGUCGCCUGCUGGGAUACUCUCGCCUCGUGUGAAGGUGAAGAUGGUAUUGGGUGCCAUUCACAAGUCCUUGGAUGAUGACUCUAACGACGAAUAG